AUGUCCUGUCCCCAUGACGACGAUGAGCAGGACAGGGACAUGCUGUUCAAGAUUGUGGCUACAGGGACAUGCUUUUCAAGAGUGUGGCUUCCGGGACAUGCUGUUCAAGAGUGUGGCUACAGGGACAUGCUGUUCAAGAGUGUGGCUACAGGGAAAUGUUGUUCAAGAGUGUGGCUACAGGGACAUGCUGUUCAAGAGUGUGGCUACAGGGACAUGCUGUUCAAGAAUCUUGGUAACGAGGAUUUCACAUUUAUAAACGGAAAGCUAAAAUGCUUUAAACCAGGAACAUCCAAAGUGCAGGAGCAGGGUUCUAACGUGACCUGUGUGUGCAGCUCAGGUUAUGCAGGGAAACAUUGUUCUGUGCCAAGCAUUGUGAAGACUGCCUUGUCCAAACUGUCACGCAGUUACAUCAUCACGCCAAGAGAAAAGCCACGACGGCUGAUUCUAGUCAUGACAUUCAAUAUGGAGCACCAUGUACUGAUGCUGAAGAUGUUACAGGUGCACUCAGCCGUGGAUCUGUUUGUGAUUCUGGAAUCCAACUACACUGGACAUGGAGAUCCACGACCGUUAAGGUUAUUACAUAAUUUGAGAAGAGGCUACAUGAAGCGAUUCCACCAUAAGAUAAUGCAUGUCCACCUGGACACAUUCCCAGCUGGCGGACGAUUGAAUGGUUGGAUAGCCGAAACAUACAUCCGUCAGCACCUUGCACCUGCAGUAGAGGCCAGAGUCUCAGGGCUAAGAAAAGAUGAUUUAUUCGUAUUUAUGGACACCGACGAAACGCCAUUUGUAAAUCUCCUGCACUUCCUCAAACUUCACAAUGGCUAUCCCUUCCCAGUUGGGUUUGUUCUUCACAGUUUUAUGUAUGGAUUCUUUUGGUCAAUGACGAAGCACCCUAAAACGGUUGUAGGAGUGUGUAGUAUUCAGAUGCUCAGAGACAUCUAUAAAGGAAGUAGUGAUGCAAUUCGUGGAAGUAAAGCAGUGUUACGAAAGCUCCAGAAAGGAAAUCACCCCUGGGGCAUGUUUGAAACUUGGCUCAUCGGUUCACCUGACAGCUAUGCUGGGUGGCAUGCAUCAUGGUUCUCCUCUCCAAGGGAGGUUAUCACGAAGCUGACUUCUGCUAUUAAUGCUGACUUCCCCCGAUGGGGGGACUACCCAGAGAAAUGCACAUUUGACUACGUUGCUACUCUGUUUAGAAAAGGGGAAUAUUUUGAUGGAAAGAGACAUUUCGAUCCAAUUUGCUUGACUGACAUUUACGUAUUGAAAGACCACCCUUACCUGUUCAAGCAUAAAGAAUACUUUAAUUUCAUGUUACAGAACCCAACAGCCAUAUGA